AUGCACGCGCAGUGCAUCUUUCUGUACCUGUGCUUUCGCGUGGAGAUGGCGUUUUGGAAGAAGUCGAUCUGUCUCGACGCGGGGUGCAACAAGAACGAGAGCGACGUUGCCUGUGCCGAUGCCGAUGUCAAUGCUGACGACGAUACAGAGUAUCAAACUGGCAGGACGCGCAAUGCUGCCUGA